GACAUUUUCACCCAAUUGGACCUCACUAUGCAUUGUUCACGUUGUCCUUAUGGCGAAUGACCCCAGAUUCUUUAAAUUCUCAUAAAAAAUCAAAAAGAAUUAACAACCUCUUUGUCCAAAGAAAAAAUUGAGAGAUUCUGAAAGAGAAAAGGUGAAGAAGAAAAGACCGAUUCAUCGAUGGAAUCGCCUUUCAAAGGAGAUAUACUGAAAGGAAAAGUGGCAUUGAUAACGGGAGGUGGUUCAGGAAUUGGGUAUGAGAUAUCACUUCAAUUGGGUAAACAUGGUGCUUCCAUUGCCAUCAUGGGUCGUCGCAAAAAUGUUCUUCUCUCUGCUGUUGCUUCCCUUCACUCCCUUGGAAUCCCUGCUAUAGGACUUGAAGGAGAUGUUCGCAAGAAAGAUGAUGCAGUGAAAAUUCUGGAAUCAACUGUUAGACAUUUUGGCAGGCUUGACAUUCUUGUGAAUGCUGCAGCUGGCAAUUUUCUUGUUGCAUCAGAGGAUUUAUCCCCUAAUGGCUUCCGAACAGUGAUAGACAUAGACUCUGUUGGCACUUUUACUAUGUGCCAUGAGGCAUUUAAGUAUCUCAAGAAAGGGGGACAAGGGAAGGACCCAUCUACUGGUGGUGGAAUAAUAAUAAAUAUAAGUGCAACUCUACAUUAUACAGCUACUUGGUAUCAAAUUCAUGUAUCUGCUGCAAAGGCAGCAGUUGAUAGCAUUACGAGAAGCUUGGCAUUGGAAUGGGGGACAGAAUAUGAUAUUAAAGUGAAUGGGAUUGCACCAGGGCCUAUUGGAGAUACUGCCGGACUUAGUAAACUUGCACCGGAGGAGAUCUUGAGAGAAGCUAAAGAGAAGUUGCCUCUAGAUAAACUGGGGGAGAAAUGGGAUAUAGCUAUGGCUGCUUUAUAUCUCACUUCUGAUGCAGGAAAACAUGUCAAUGGAACAAUAUUGGUGGUUGAUGGAGGGGAUUGGCUGAGAAAACCUCCCCAUCUUCCGAAAGAUGCAGUGAAGCAACUGUCUCGAGUUGUGGAGAAGAGGUCUAAAAAUGCACCAGUUGGGGUUCCAAAGAGCAAGCUUUGAUUCCCCUUCAUUAUAUGGAGAACUACAUGCAAGUUCCAGUUACAAGAUAACAUUACGAAUUUGAUGAAGCUGAAACUAAGAAAUUUUAAGUUAUUUAUCGAUUUUCUCUAUUUAAAAUUAGUUAAAUAUUUUUACAUGAAGCCAAGCAUAUUAUAUAUAAAUAUUGCUCGAAAGAAUUGUCUACAUCAUUUGUGAUUGGUGCCUAAUGUCUUCACCAAUAUAAUUUGUUAGUCCAAAUAUAAGAAAUCUAAAGUUACAAACAUUAAGUAUUGAUUAA